CGCGCAUGCCCCUGAGGCUGGCAAGGCAAGGGGGCGGGGCGACGGGAGGCAGGCUACUGGCAGGGGGCGAGCACCCGGUACGCGGCCAUAUCUCACUUUUAUAAUUGUAGUGUGCCCGACUUCAUACUCAUAGUACUGCUGGAAUUCUAGCAGUACUAAGGAACAUUGCCAGCAGUCAUGGACAAGCCACGCCUGCGAACCUUCAGCAGCAGCAGCACAGGAGGGGGGGGAGUGGCAGGGGCGGGAGCUGGUGCUGGUCAGUACACACAGAUUGGAGGGUCAGAUUCAGAUGACUCCAGAUCGAGCAUCUCGCGCUCAGAGGACACGGAUGUCAUUCCAUCUAUUGUCUACAUCUCGGAUGACUCGGCUGAGGUGGCCCCUUCUGACACCAGCGCCAGUGUUGACCCGGAUGCUCUUGGUUACAUUGGAGGCAGUGUGGAGAUGCAGGAUGACGAGACUUCUCGGAGGCUCCUCCUGGACUCUGAGUGCCCCACACCCCAACCAUCACUUCAGCCAGAGUCUUGCUUCACCCUCACCCACCCCCUUGCCACUAUGGCCUUCACCUCAGGGUCUGACUGUGAUAUUGGAGGCCUGGCAGAUGAUCCUCAAUUGGGGCUACCAGAGGAUGGGGAGCAUAUUGGCUUUGCUGGCCUGACUCCUGAUCGUGAGGGAUGUUCCUUCGAGCGGAGCAGCAGUGUGUCCUCGUCAUCCUCGGGCUCCUCCCCAGGGGUGCAGCAGCCUCUCCUCCCCGAGUACCAGCCUCUGCCUCCUGACUUUUCCCUCCACCACCACCACCACCACCACUUUCCUGGUUUGGAGUAUGAACCCCUCGAGGAGCAACACCCAACUAUCACACCUGCCUCUGCUACUGCUGCUGCUAAGAAAAUGCAUGAUCCACUAGACAUAUUAGUGGAUGUGACGGACAUCCCUAGCACAAUUCAGCCGUUCCUAGGCCGGUGUAUGAUAGGGGGGCAUGUACACAUCUCAGCCAGGUAUAAGGAUGCCUUUUAUGUGAGCUGGAACUGGCCACGCAUACGCCAGACCUGCAUGUUCCUGAACCUGUCCGUGCUGCUGGCCCUCCUGUGUGUGUGUGUGGGACUUUUGGUGCAGAUGCCUCAAGGGUCUGAAUGUAACCCGCACCAUGCAUGGUGGCAAGGAUCCGUCAUGUACGAGGUGUUUGUGCCAAGCUUCCAUGAUUCCAACGGGGAUGGGGUGGGGGAUUUGCCGGGCCUCACUGCCAAGCUGGAUUAUAUACAGAGUCUGGGUGUUCGUGGUGUGCGUCUUGCCUCCAUUCUUAAGGCAUCAGACUACUUGGCCAGCCACACUGCUGUUGUAAACUACACAGCCGUGGAUCCUCUGCUGGGGACGCUGGAGGACCUAAAGAUGCUGGCCACACACCUACAUCAACGGGACAUGUAUCUCCUCAUGGACCUGCCCCUCGCUUAUGCCACAGCGGAAAACACCAUCACCCUGGCGGGGGUGUACCCAGUCCUCAAGCACUGGUUGGCUUUGGGUGUCAACGGCUUCUUUUUCCCUGAUAUCACAGAGCUGGCAGGUGAUCCUGGGCUUGUUGAGGCGCUGCAUGAGUGGCGGAACAUCCUGGAUCAGUACAGUAGUGGCAUGGAGCACCGGGUGAUGAUGGCACCGGUGGAGCUGCUCGACAAGCUGCAGGCAGAUGGCUUCCCUCACCUGGACCACCUCAUCCACCAACUGGACCUUAUUGAUGUUUCAGUCAAUCUCACAGGCCCUGCUGAGGUCAUCCCAGAUUUGCUGAGGAGCGCCACAGCCUGGGACAACCACGCCUCACUGCCGUGGAUCAACUGGCACAUGGGUGGGAUUGGAAGACAACGUGUGGCUGCCCUUGCUGACCUUCACCCACUGGGACGUAGUUUGGUGCUCCUCUUCUUCCCUGGCACCAUCACCCUCUAUUAUGGGGAUGAACUGGACUCUUCUAGCAUGUCACAGGAUGAUGACUGGUCAUCCAUCAUGGCUUGGAACACUGAUGCUCAUGCUGGAUUUAGCUCCACUGAACCCUGGAGGCCCCUUAAUACUGGCUGGGAGGAUGACAAUGUUGAGAACCAGAACUACACCAUCUCUGUGUUAUCCACUAUGGUGAUGGCUCGGCAAGAGAAGGUACCCAUAUACAUCAAUGGCAUCUUUGACUACGAAGGAGACUACCAUCCCACCAAGACAAACAAUUAUAGGGUACGAUUUGCCAAGGAAGACUUGCUGAUAAUGGACAGGUUUUAUCCUCGCCGGAACCAAUACGCUGUGGUUGCCAACCUUGGGAAUGAGGUAAUCAACAAGGACCUUUCCCAUUAUUACUUUGGUGGCUCAGUUUUAGCUUCUUCCCAUGGUCAGACAGGCUUUGUAACCUUCCGUAACAUUAGUCUGCAGCCAGGUGAGGCUUUGGCUUGUAUAUUAGACUUGUAAUUAGAGCUUAAUUUAGUAGUGUUUCAAGUUUUGUAGCAUAUUUUAAGAUGCAUAAUGAGUCUAGUCACUUCAGAUUGAAUCCUUCAGAACUGAAGGAUGUAAACACUACUCUUUGUAGUGGACCUUAGAGUGUGUUGUGAGAGUGGUAAUAGGACAGUUUCAAGUGUGUUAAUGAAAUAUGUUGUUUUAAUGUGUCUUGAUGGCUGAAAAAUCACAGUAUUUCAGCAAGGAACAAGAAUGUAGUCAAUUAUUAUUAUUCUACCUAUAAAACUAAACUUCAUACACCUUUUUCUUCAUAUGUACAAUACUCGUAAUCUCACUACGUGCAGAGUGCAUAAUUUUCUGAAGGAUAUAUUUUUGACGAAAAAAAUGCUAUAAAGUAACUCGGUGGAGUAAUGGUGCUGAAUAAAUGAUGUUUACAUCAAAGCUGCACAGAAACUUGAACACUCAGAGCAUCAGUUUGGUGGCUUGUCACAAUAAACAAAAUAGCUGAUUAACUGAUCUCAGGAUGGGUUUAGUAGAUUGCCCUGACUGAUUGAGUGAUACUUUAAAAGUUGUGCUGUUCUAAGCUAAGUAAUGCUUGUUAUAGUCACAAAUUAAGGAACAUAGCCAACUUAAAUCUGAUCUUAAAUGUAAAGUAUUAUGGUAACAAUGUUCAGAAGAAAUUUUGUAGUCAGGUAUUUGAUUACAUAUUUGUGUUAGUUUGCCUUCAAUUCACUCAAGAUGUUAACAAUCCUGAUGAUUUCCACAUGUAAAGAGUAUACUUCAUGUUUACUCAGAUCAAUUUAGCCAUAAAAGCAAUGAAGCUGCAGCAUCUGGCCUCUGUCAUUGGUAGCAGAUUCUGUGUAAUAUUCUGGAAGCCUGGGUCUUAUGUUCAUGUGUGACAGAUUUUGUGUUGGUUUAUUUAAAAAAUAAAAAAAAUCUUAAAACACAGGUGUAGAUAAGAAAUCAUUAAUGUGAUGGUGACACUGGCUGCUGGGUAGAUGAUUCAUUCACUUGUUUUCAUACCCUGACCAAGGCUGCAGAAAGAAAAAAAAACUUAUGAAUUGUUAUCCUCUUCAAGGCUUGUUAGUAAUUAAGGACUAAGGAUAAAAAAUAAGAAGGUAAUUAGUAAGGGAUGAUACUGUGGCUGUGUCUUAGAAUAGGGGGUGAAUACCCUACUUAGGUUCAGAGGCCAAGGAAAUGGAGAUAAGCAUCAUGGCAAAGCACUACCUAGUGUGUGUGGCUCCAUUACUUCGACGUCCAUUUAUCAUUUACCACCCUGAAGAGCUAUGAAUUGUAGUGGUUUUCUUUGCCAAAUGGUUGAGGAUAUCAACCUGAUAAUUCACACAAAAAACAUUGGUUGUGGUUUGUCAUUAUAUCAGUAUGCUGUUGUAUCCAAGUACCAUCAUGACAGUAAGGGAGUUUUGCUUGUCUCUGUGCCUUAACAAUACAGAAGGAAGUGCUCCGUGACCAUGUGCUUCAGUAUUGUGAUGCCUGAUUGAAGGUUGUAUUAUAAAGGCUGAGGAUAAAUGAUCAGUCUUAUUUAUGUUAGGAAUUGAAUUAUUUAGUGGUUUUAUGGUUCAUGAGGUGGAAUUCAUGAAUCAUACUUGCCUAAAUGUAACUCAUCAUUAUUAAAAGUUCAUUGCA